AUGCUGUUUGCCUUCGUUAUAUCUUCUAUGUCACAGGCAAAUAAGGACAUCUCUUCUUUGCAGGGUACCUAUGCCAUUUACCCGGGUUCCUUAUUGCUUACUAAGGAAAGCGUGAAAUCAAAUAAGACCACAGAAACUGACAGUUUCCAUCUAUUCGGCCAGGACAGCAAGGCCGUAUCUGAGCUGCAUGCUUUGGGUAGUUUGCGGUCGGACCAGUGGACCCCAAAUAUAGAGUCUGAAGUGCAAAACUAUAUCGCUAGUAUGAGAGCCAGAUGCCAUUCUGAAUUCAAACCUCUCGAUAACGGCCUCAAUUGCUCGUCAGUCAUGAAUAAAAUCGCAGCUGAAACCAUGACAACCCAAGACGGGGAUUUUAACUUUCAACCCGUUAGGACACUUCACUCCCUACCUCGUCUACAGAUGCGCAAACAUCCAGCAAAACCAGAUUGUUAUUGCCAAUCUUCUGAAAGUUUGCUGCGAGGGCUCAUGAUACAGCUUCCUUUUUCCGUUCCCGUCUAUAAAGAAGAGGCAGAUGGAUACGUUCUUUCACUCCAGCCAGAUCUGAAUGGAGAAAUUUAA